AUGGCAUCUGCUUCUUAUAGGAGUGUUUUUUUCACCUUUCUUCUGCUCUCUACCUUACUUUAGGUUUCCCACAUCAAAGUGUGUGAGGCACAAGCCAAUCCUCCUGUUGUGAAGGGGUUAUCAUGGACCUUCUAUGAUUCAAGCUGUCCUAAACUUGAAUCCAUCAUCAGAAAAGAGCUGAAAAAGGUCUUCAAGAAAGACAUUGCUCAAGCAGCUGGCUUGCUUCGCCUUCACUUCCAUGACUGCUUUGUUCAGGGUUGUGAUGGGUCAGUGUUAUUGGAUGGAUCAGCAAGUGGACCGAGUGAGAAAGAUGCACCGCCAAACUUGAGUUUGAGGGCCUCAUCCUUUAGGAUCAUCGAAGACCUUCGUCGUCGCGUAGAGAAGAGCUGUGGAAGAGUUGUCUCUUGUGCUGACAUCACUGCCCUUGCCGCUCGUGAUGCUGUUUUCCUCUCAGGAGGACCAGACUACGAUAUUCCCUUGGGAAGAAGGGAUGGGUUAAUCUUUGCCACAGAAGAAGUCACAUUAGACAACCUUCCACCACCAUCAAGCAACACCACUACCAUCCUGAACAAACUUGCAAGCAAAAACCUUAACCCCGCGGAUGUGGUAUCUCUCUCAGGUGGCCACACCAUAGGCAUUAGCCACUGCAACUCCUUCACCAACAGACUCUACCCUAAACAAGACCCUGUCAUGGACAAAACCUUUGGCAAAAACCUCAAACUCACUUGCCCCUCUUCCACCACAGACAACACCACCGUGUUGGACAUUCGAACCCCUAACACUUUUGACAACAAAUACUAUGUUGACCUCAUGAACCGCCAGGGCCUAUUCACCUCUGACCAAGACUUGUACACUGAUAAGAGAACCAAAGGCAUUGUCACUAGCUUUGCUGUCAAUCAGAGCCUCUUCUUUGAGAACUUUGUCACUGCUAUGCUCAAAAUGGGUCAGCUUAGCGUAUUGACAGGAACUCAAGGGGAGAUUCGUGCCAAUUGCUCUGCGAGGAAUAAGGAUACCAAGUCCUUGUUGACUUCUGUGGUCCAAAAUGUGGCGGAACAAUUCAUAGAAAUGUAACCGGGUCAUGCAUGUGUGUUGUAUAUAUAUGUUAUGGCGAUGAAUAAACAUAAAUCCUUGGUUCUUUUCAACGGUUUUAGAAGGAUGAUCUUUUAUGAUAUAAGGAAUCAUCUAAUGUUCAAGUUCUACUUCAGAAACGGAUAAAUCUAAGUGAGAGCUUUUCUUUUUCUCAUAUAUAUGCUUCUCAUAAAGUUUGGAGAAAUUAAUAAAAGCUUGCAU